AUGGUAAACAUCACUGCGCUUGCCACGGAGGCGCUGAAGCCUGGUUCGACGGACGAUAUUCUCGUUCAACAUGGUGGAUUAUUAUUCACAGAGCUGUGUGCGCGCUGGAUCCAGUCUGGCGCUGACACAGAGGCCAAAGUGGCGGCUUUUGGACGAAUUCUAGCACUUGCGCCUCAUCUUGCCGAGCACGUGGAACGUUUUUUGGACAAUAAUUCGAAUUCGUCCAUAAUUGGCCCUCAGGCUGCAAAUUCUUCAGAAGCGCAGACACUUACUUUGCGCGAUUCGGAUUUGGUCGAAGUGUUGCUUGGAACUUUUCGACUUCUCAGCUACGACUGCAAGACUUUCUCUCACUAUGUACGGCCCCGUGUUGUGGAGAGUCUGUUUCGCCACCAAGAUCGAGUUGUACGGUAUUUGGCUGUACGAGUAUUUUGCUUGUAUGUUCAUACAGCAGAUUAUGCAACACAAGAGAGGAUCAAAAGAAUAGUUGGAGGCGGAGAUAUUGACGGAUUCUGGGAAGGACGUCAAAUCGAUUACCGGUUCCUAUCAUUAUGGGAAGAAAAGAGAUGGAAAGAUUUGCAGGAGAACAUGGAUCGGCAGAAUGAGAGCGCCACGGAGCGUUCUGUAUCUAUAGAUCAAGAACUAUCGCCUUACACGGUCAACGUCAGUGGCGUCCUUUUGCCCCGGUUAGAUGGACAUCCUUCGGAGGAGAUGCCUUCUGAACUUGUAUCCACAGCCACCACAGAAGCCAAUCUAAAGAACAUCGCCCAUGGUCUCCUUCAAUCGAGUCCAAUUCUGCUCACUGGUCUUGCCGGGUCUGGAAAAACUUUCCUUACCCGUCACUUUGCCUGGCAGUUGAAUAAGCUGGAAAAAAUGGUUACUCUCCAUCUUAACGAGCAAAGUGAUGCGAAGCUUUUGAUCGGAAUGUACACUACUGGUACAAAACCAGGGACGUUCAGCUGGCGGGCAGGUGUUUUGACCACAGCUGUUCGAGAGGGGAGAUGGAUCUUCAUCGAAGACUUGGAUCGAGCACCAAACGAGGUUAUCAGCACACUUUUGCCUCUAAUAGAACGCGGUGAACUUCUCAUUCCUAGCCGGGGAGAAACCAUACGAGCGGCGCGAGGAUUCCGCAUCAUUGCGACAAUGCGGAGUACUCUCAAUCCACGAGGCCAGGAGAUCGUACCCCGUCAAAACAUGAUAGGCCAUCGAUUUUGGAACUGCAUUACAGUUCGAAUGUCCCAAUUGGAUGAGUUCAGACACAUAAUACACGAAAAGUACCCGAUAUUGCAGAAGCAUCUGUCCAGUAUUAUGCAGGUCUAUGCUCGACUUCUCAACCUCUACUCGGACGCAAAAUUCUCAUCUGAGAACGGAACUUCACUUCGUGCUUUGACUCCAAGAGACCUUCUGAAGUGGUGCGAUCGGAUAUCCAUACUACUCGCACAAGCCACGUUUAGUGACGCGCAGAAAGACGACAUCUUCAUGGAGGCCUUUGAUUGCUUUGCAGGAAGCUUACGUAGCGAAUUGGCCCGUCAGAUGGUAAUGGACUGUGUGGCCGAAGAGCUCCAUAUCGAUCCACAGCGACGCGAUCAUCUACUGAGAAACCGGGAGGUAAAACUGCAUUUACCAUCGAAGACAACAUCUUCCGGUACCAUUCAGAUAGGCCGCGCCAGAUUAUCUAAGCAUAAGUCGUCGAAAAAAGCAGGCACCGGACGACCAUUCUCCACCAACGACUACACGUUGCGUUUACUGGAAAAAGUUGCUGUAGCAGUUGAUCGUCAAGAACCGCUUCUUCUCGUUGGUGAGACAGGUACUGGAAAGACAACCUGCAUCCAGUAUCUGGCAGAGCAGCUUGGUCGCAAGCUUGUAGCAUUCAACUUGUCUCAGCAAAGUGAAAGUGGAGACUUGCUCGGUGGUUUCAAACCGGUCAAUGUCCGCAGUCUCAUCAUCCCACUCAAAGAUGAAUUCGAUGAGAUUUUCGACACUACUUUUUCGAGGAAGAAGAACUUGCGGUUUCUCGAGAUGCUGGGUAAGCGUGUAGCAAAGGGCGAGUGGAAUCGCGUUUGUGCACUUUGGCGCGAGGCGUUGAAGAUGGUUGAUGCAGCCAGAAAAAAGCAUGAGUCGCACACUUCAUCCCCAGAUCCUGAAGGUGGCCAGCCUAAGAAGAAGCGGAAAACUGACACUUUGCCGGCGAACUUCCCCACUGCACGAUGGGAAAAGUUCGCAUCUGAUCUACAAAAUCUCGAAGCUCAGCUCGCUAGUGGCUCAGAAGCAUUCGCAUUCUCUUUCCUCGAGGGUAACAUUGUAAAAGCAGUGAGAAAUGGCGACUGGGUACUUCUCGACGAAAUCAAUUUGGCAUCUUCAGACACUCUAGAGGCGCUGACGGAUCUCUUGGGCGGCGGCCCGGAUGGUAAUCCGUCCAUUCUUUUGACCGAGACUGGCAAUGUUGAGCGAGUAGUUGCGCAUCCGAACUUCAGGGUAUUCGCGGCUAUGAACCCCGCAACAGACGUAGGCAAGAAAGACCUACCUCCAGGCAUCCGGUCGAGAUUCACUGAGCUAUACGUUGAAAGUCCAGACAGUGACGAGAAGAGUUUACGCAAUAUUGUAGAGAAGUACCUAGGCGGUGAUGGUACAGACCCGGCAAUUGUUCGAGUAGCACGAGAUGUUACCAGUCUCUACCUUGAGAUCCAGAGGCAUGCCAAAGCCAAUAUGCUCGUGGACGGUGCAGACCAAAAAGCUCAUUUCAGUUUGCGAACUUUAACACGAACACUUUCAUACGCCCGAGACAUCUCACCACUAUGCAGUAUCCGACGAGCGCUGUACGAAGGAUUCCAUAUGAGUUUCUUGACGUUCCUAGGCAAAGCUUCAGAAGAUUUGGUUGCCCCUCUGAUUACCAAGUAUCUGUUCCCUCAGAAAGCAUCAAUGAAGGCUGAACUCGGCAAGCCACUCCAGCAGCCGUCAGAUGGCCGAGGACAUGUGAAACAGGGCCAUUACUGGCUUCGUCAAGGUGCACAUCAAGUCGAAGAGCAAUCACAUUACAUCAUCACACCGUUCGUGCAGCGAAACAUGAACAAUCUCAUUCGAGCGGCCUCGACACGGAAGUAUCCAGUACUCAUACAAGGCCCUACCUCUUCAGGUAAAACAAGUAUGAUCGAGUACUUGGCCAAAAGAUCUGGUAACAAGUUUGUUCGAAUCAAUAAUCACGAACAUACCGACCUCCAGGAAUAUCUCGGUUCUUACAUUUCUGGCGCCGAUGGUAAGCUCAUCUUCCAGGAGGGUAUCCUUGUACGAGCUUUGCGGGAGGGUCACUGGAUAGUGCUUGACGAACUUAAUCUGGCACCUACGGAUGUUCUUGAGGCACUCAACCGUCUUCUUGAUGACAAUCGUGAGCUGUUAAUUCCAGAAACGCAGGAAAUCAUUCGUCCCCACGAAGACUUCAUGCUGUUCGCUACGCAAAACCCAGCAGGUCUUUACGGUGGACGCAAAGUGUUAUCAAGAGCUUUCCGUAACCGUUUUCUGGAAUUGCAUUUCGACGACAUACCUGUGGAAGAGCUUACUGAAAUCUUGCAUCGCCGUACCAUGAUUCCUGAGACAUGGUGCAAACGCAUUGUUAAAGUUUACCGAGAACUGUCUAUUCUGCGGCAAGAGAAUCGUAUCUUUGAGCAAAAGAGUUUCGCCACACUUCGAGACUUGUUCAGAUGGGCUCAGCGAAAAGCAGACACAAUCCAAGACCUUGCGAAUAACGGAUACAUGCUGCUUGCUGAACGCGUCCGUAAAGAAGAAGAACGUGUCGCAGUCAAGAAGAUUUUGGAGACUGUGAUGAGUGAGAGGGGCCCCAGAGUGACAAUUGACGAGGACCAGCUAUUCAGUGUGGAUAGCCUGUCAAACAUUGAGGGCCUUGGCAAGGGGGUCUCGACUGCCAACAGCAAUGUGGUGUGGACUCGCGCGAUGCGCAGGCUGUCCGUUCUUGUUGCUUAUGCGCUUCGCAACAAGGAGCCUGUCUUGCUCAUUGGAGAAACGGGAUGUGGAAAGACGACAGUCUGCCAGCUACUUGCAGAUCAGUUCAACAACCGGCUUCACGUUGUUAACGCUCACCAGAACACUGAGACGGGUGACUUGAUUGGUGCCCAGCGACCUAUCCGAAAUCGAGCCGCCAUUGAAGAAUCGGUCAAGGAGAAAGUGUUGGAGAGCCUUGCGAACGUUCCCAGCGAGAUCCUCCAACAUGACCCACACUCAAUGGGAUACGAGGACCUGCUGUCGCUGUAUGAUAGUGUUGUCAAGAGUUUCCCUGAUUCAAUACCGGCUGAGACCCGAAACGAUAUACAAGUCCACCGAGUCAAAGCCGGAGCGUUGUUCGAAUGGUCAGAUGGUAGCUUAGUGCAUGCGAUGAAGCAAGGUCACUACUUCCUUCUCGAUGAGAUUUCGUUGGCUGAUGAUUCUGUUCUUGAACGCUUGAACAGUGUUUUGGAGCCAUCUCGCACUAUCCUACUUGCCGAAAAGGGGCCUAUAGACUCCUUGAUCACAGCAAACAAAGGCUUCCAAUUCCUUGCAACCAUGAAUCCAGGUGGAGAUUAUGGCAAGAAAGAGCUCUCACCCGCGCUUCGCAACCGCUUUACUGAAAUCUGGGUUCCGGCAAUGUCUGACCUCGAUGACAUUUUGGAAAUUGUACGAUCAAAGCUGAAGCCGGAACUUGUCAACUAUGCUGGUGUCGUUGUAUCGUUUUCGCAAUGGUUCAACGAUAAGUACAAUACCUCGGUCGCUUCCUCCAUAUCCAUUCGUGAUACUCUAGCAUGGGUUUCGUUUGUGAAUAACUCUGCCCAUCACAACCCGAUUUUUAGCAUUGUGCAUGGCGCUGCGAUGGUUUUUAUCGAUACCCUUGGUGCUAAUCCUGCAGGACUUUUGGCAAUCUCUGCAUCAACAAUCAAUGCGGAGAAAAAGGCAUGCCUCGACCAUCUUAGCCAGCUACUGGGGACGGAUAUCACGCCCAUGUACUAUGGUCCUAUCGACAUCGUGAACACGGACGAAGUCUUCCAACUAGGUGCCUUCUCAAUUUCAAAGUUCUCGCUAGCAUCGUCGCAAGCAUCUACUUUUGCGCUUGAAGCUCCAACGACACAGUCCAAUGCGAUGCGCGUCGUCCGCGCACUCCAAUUACCAAAGCCAAUCUUACUGGAAGGAAAUCCCGGUGUGGGUAAAACUACGCUCGUGACCGCUCUUGCGAAAGCCAUUGGCAAGCCAUUGACACGACUCAAUCUGUCUGAGCAGACAGAUUUGAUGGAUCUGUUUGGUUCUGACGUACCAGUGGAGGGUGGAGCUGCGGGAACAUUCGCCUGGCGCGAUGCAUCUUUCCUCAAAGCCAUGAAGAGUGGCGAUUGGGUCUUACUUGAUGAAAUGAAUCUGGCAUCUCAGUCGGUACUUGAAGGUCUCAAUGCUGUACUUGACCAUCGUGGUGAGGUAUAUAUCUCUGAGUUGGACCAGACAUUCCACAAGCAUCCGGAUUUCAGGGUCUUCGCAGCACAGAACCCUCAUCACCAAGGUGGCGGCCGCAAAGGUCUGCCUGCUUCUUUUGUCAACCGAUUCACAGUGGUAUACGCAGAUGUCUUCCGACCAGAAGACUUGAUCCUCAUCUGCGAAAAGAUCUUCCCAUCCAUCGAAAAGCAAGAAGUCACCAAACUAAUCCGCUUCGUGGCUGAGUUGGACGAGCAAGUAGUCAAUCGUCGCGCUUUUGGAAAUCUUGGCGCCCCAUGGGAGUUCAAUUUACGAGAUACGCUGCGCUGGCUUCAGCUCCUAGCCAGAACUGACUUUCCAGGGUCAGCAAGAGACUUUCUUGAUGUUAUCUUUGUGCAGAGAUUCCGAGCCGAAAACGACCGCAAUCGACUGCUCAAGUUGUUUGAAAGCCAAUAUGGUGCCCAUGACUCUCGAAUGAGCCUCUUCCACAACUUGAGUCCGAGCGCCAUUCAAAUAGGCCUUGGUCUGCUUCCUCGAGAUGCCGCUGUCACCCGUUCAGAUGCCGUGUCACCACUUCAUGUUUCUCAGCUCGGACCCAUGGAAGCUCUCGUAGUCAGUGUCAAGCAAAACUGGCCAGUCAUUAUCGUUGGUCCGCCGGGCUCAGGCAAAACUGCCGUGAUUAACCAGCUAGCAAGUUAUGUUGGCACUGACCUUGUCACUUUCUCCAUGAAUGCAGAUGUAGAUGCGAUGGAUCUUGUUGGUGGAUAUGAGCAGGUCGACCCUAUGCGAGAAGUACAUCAAUGCCUCCAGAAGGUCGAGGCAAUGGUCCGGAGAUACAUUGCAGCCUCUGAGCAGCCUCAGCCAGCCUACAUCGAACUGUUGGAAUUCAUCCAAGCAGGUUCCGCCAUGCGUAUUACUGAAAAUUUGCGCCCAAUCCUUGACCUAAUUUCAACUAUCGAUGUUGAAGGGGUUAUGCUGGCUCAAAACUUACAAAGCUCACUUCAGGCUUCAAGUGAGCAGAUUGAUGGCGCUCGUUUCCAAUGGGUUGAUGGUAUUCUCAUUCGAGCGCUCGAGCAAGGCAAAUGGCUGGUUCUUGACAACGCGAAUCUCUGCUCAAGUGCUGUUCUUGAUCGACUGAACUCUUUACUGGAACCGAACGGCUAUCUUUCUAUCAACGAACAUUCGACUUCCGAUGGGGAGGCGCGCAUAGUGCGACCACAUCCCAACUUUCGCAUCUUCAUGACCAUGGACCCAAAAUACGGCGAGCUUUCCAGAGCUAUGCGCAACAGAGCAGUUGAGAUAUGUCUGCUUGAGUCAGAUCAAGACAAGAAGGUGGUUCAUAAACCGGUCGUACAAUACGCCCUCGACUCAACUAGCUAUCGCUUCCGCAGCUUUCAAAAUCACCAGGAACACCUCUCCAUGACUUUGCAGCAGCAUUUCGAGAGCUUUACUAUACAAGAUAACGAAUUGCUAAAGAGCUUCACAAACCAAGUUCGACAAGGGCUCGUGUCUAAUGCAUCAAGUCAAACGAAUGGCGUUGCCAACAACAACGACAUGCAAUUGGACCUUGCUAAGCCGGCAGCUCUACUGGGGGAUAAAGUUUCACAUAUUGUGCAUUUCCUUACAGGUACAUGGGGGCCGCGUUCACAGGCGCUAUCAGGACGACUUGCGACUGGUACACUAGUGCAGCUACUUCCGUUCCAUCCUUUGCUGAACGAGCUCUUUGUCAGUCAAACGGAAGCAUCCAAGGACUUCAGCAUAACUAGUGCAUCGAUUUAUGAAGUCAUGCUUGACCUAUACAACAUGCAGAAAGCUGUUCAAGAGCUACCAUCUGCGCGAUUUGAACGGCGAAAGGAAAAGCAAAAGCUGCCUGCUUUCCUGCAUGCUUAUUGCCAAGGGCUGAUAAAACUCAUCGAUGGAUUCUGGAAAGCACUCCAAGAAGACCAGCAAAUUGGUAUCGCAUUCCUCAAGCCACUGAGGAGAAUGUUUUGGGCCUUUCAUGAGCUUGCCACUGCUCCAACCUUCGAUCGCGCAACGUUCCAGACAUAUCUAAAGAUGUUAGCGUCUGCGAUUCCCAAAUCCGACUCAUCGCUCCCUGUUGUUCAGACACUCUCCGUAACUCUCUCCAAGCAGGUUGGUACCUUUGGGGCCGAUGUCCAGUUGACAACGGGACUAGGCAUGGAACGCAUCUGGCGUGUGUUCAAGCCAUCGACACCCAAGGAUCAGCAACAGUUGGCAGCUAUUCUUGAGCUAGAGGCUUUGGCUGAUAGAUUCGAUGCUAUUAUGUGGCAGUCAAUUCUUCGCGUAAAUGAAAUGAUUCAGAUACGCGAACGUAUCGCCAGUUCCCUGGACCUAGUUCGAAGAGAUCAAGUGGAUGCUCGGGAGCUCGUCACCGCACUCAAUGCCGCAAUCCAAGAGCUUGAGAAAGGUAUUGGAGAAGACAGCAUGCUCAUCACACCCUACUUUGAGGAAGAGUUCGAAGGUCUAUGCCAGUUCUUGGAUGUCGCGUGUCAAGACGAGUCUGCCGUGCAAAACAUACUUCCCACAGCUGUUAUUACAGCCACACGAGCCAAGUCAUCUCUCUUUGCCCGGAGACCGACAAAAUCCUCUCACGACAUUCCUGUAGAUUCUCAGAGUGCAUCGGAGCAAUUUGCGAAAUUUUACCGCUACCUGGGCCUUACGCGCCAAACAGCGAAUACGAUGGUAAUUCAGGACCGAUUCCAUACAUCAGUGAUUAGGAAACUCUAUGGAGCAGACGAUGUAAAGCUCGCGCAGCUUGACCGUUUUGAGAUCGAACUCCAAGUGCUAUCACAGCAGAUGUCAUUGGAUGCGAAUCUCAUAACCAACGGCCAGAACAAUGCCCUGAGGGAUCUUUAUACCAAAAUCUACAACCAGCUUAUCGCAUCUCAUUCGAAUGAAGUCCUGCGAAUUGUAGACCAAAGCCGGAUAGAGUUCUUCCCCGACACAAACAUUCACGAGACAUAUCGAUCAACUCUGGAGCACGGUAUAGAAUCCUACUUUAAAGCUUCUACUUCUGUUAUAGACGCUGCUGCUUGGGUACGGCUGGGUUUGUUCGGACUCCAGUUCAUCGAGAAGGACACUCUGUUGAACGCAUUGAGUGCUUUGAGACAAUUUCAAAUCGAUUUCACUGGUCAAGAUACUAGCCUUCACAUCCGGCAGAUUGAGGAGACUAUCAACAAUAUGGGUGAAGAACCACCAGUACCAGCAAUUGUCCGCCCUGCUAUAUCCGAGCUUGACAGCCUGCAAGGCGAAUUCACAAACCUUCUCAGUACUAUACAGCCUCUCCUUAAUCAUUCCAUUUCAAUGGAAGAAGCUAUUUGCGAUCAAACGCUGCAACAAAAUCUUAUUCGAAUUGUGCAGCGCCUGACUGAAGGUUAUCGAGCGUAUGACGACAUCACAGACACUGCAGUCGGGUUCCUUGUAUGCCUUCAGGUUGGUCUCAUACUGGGCCAGAUGGAAAAAGAGAGGACACUUCACAAUGCUACCGGAAACAGCAUUUCUUAUAUCACAUCGAGAACCCCUUUCUUUGGGCAGUCGCAGCCUUUGGAAAAGCCAGAGUUGCUCUUGCGGACUAUGGAGGCAGGUUUGGGUCAGUCGAACCACGUUGUAGACUUGAGGUGGCACACUCUACACUCCAUGCUCUUCCUUAAAAGCACAGAUCCUCAAACUUUGGCUCGCCCCGUAGCCAGGAAUCUACUGCACGAUCUGUUCGCUAGUCUGUACGGCGAUUGGAAGACCAAACUUCUCCACGAUCAAGAGAAAGAAGCUAAGAAUUCGAGCUUAUACACGUACCGAGGGCUAGACGAUGACACAGAUGAGAAUGAUCCAACCCUCUUUCCCGACUACGAGGCGGAACCAGAAUCACAGGACAAGCAGCCCACGUUACCAUCGAAUUCUCGAGAUUAUGCCAUUCGACUUGCUGAUAUUCAUUCCGAACUUUUCAUCAACGGUAGAAACGCUUCAGACUCUAUAAAAUUUUUGCUAGAGUGGUGCACCGCUGAACUCAACCGUAUUUCGGACGGUAGAGGACACGGUAGUAAACACGAAGAUGCGCUCCCGGCUAUCUACCUCGCUUUGGAUAAGAAGAUCAAUGCUUUAUCCUCAAGUCAUGCAGAAAGACAUUAUAACUUCUACUUCGAUUCCAAUCUUUCUGAGACCAAGCGGUUCAUUGCGCUCAUACAUCGUAUUCAAUCUCGUUAUCGUCAAAUUCGGAAUGUGUGGCCAGAGCAUGCCACACUCUCAGACGUUCUACGCACGUGCGACGAAGCUCUUGAGUUCCGACACGUUGAUCCAGUGGCCAAGUUCAUUACCAAAGCCGAGAAACUCCAUGCUUAUAUGCAUGAAUGGCAAACUGUCACCAGUAAAGAGUACAGUGCUGCUGGACUGUACGAUGAUCUGACCAAACUACUUGUCAGUUGGCGACAACUUGAGCUCACUACCUGGGCACGGCUGUUCGACAUGGAAGAAGACAAGUAUCGGAGUGAUGCCAAGAGUUGGUUCUGCGUGGCAUACGAAAUGAUCAUUGCUGCUUCGGAAAGCACUGAUGAUGACAAGGGUCUUCAAGUUCAUGCCAAAGAACUACUCAAGUCAUUGGAGGGUUUCUUUGAGACAACGACCCUUGGCCAGUUUGAACAGCGCAUCAAGCUCCUACAACAACUUCGUGAACACGCGUUCAUGCGUAUGCAAGAUGUAGAUGCAUUCCGAACUGUGUAUACGUCGCUAAGCAAUUUCCUUGCCUACUACUCACGCCUCGAGAAGCCGGUGCACGAAAUGAUCGCCAAAGGUCGACAGAGUCUGGAAAAGCAGAUUGUAGACGUGAUCAAGCUUGCCAGCUGGAAAGACACGAACAUUGAGGUGCUGAAACAGAGUGCGAAAACGAACCACAGGAAACUCACCAAGUUAGUCCGCAAAUUCAGGGCGAUACUUAGCCAACCCGUAUCCAGCAUCACAAGGGCGGGCUUCCCUGAUGAAACCCACCUUUUGCAGGAUGUUUCCUUGAUGGCAGUCAGCACAGCCGUCAACCCUGCAGCACUUGAAAUCUGCGAAAGUAGUAUACCAGGAUGGAUGGAGCGGCCAGCGCGUUUCAAGAAUUUGGGCAUCACUGCGUCCAUGAUGCGCAAUCUUGCUACACCAAAGGCAGAUUCUGUGGAUGGCGCUUCAUACAUUAGCGAGUUCAUCAGUGAGCUCUCGACAUCAAUUGUUGAGCUUCAAAAGGCCACGCCAACCACACUUACAGAAGAAAACAAGGCAUCUGUUCAGCAUCUUAAGACACAAAAACGCAAACUCUAUGCCGAUACCAUGAAGGAACUGCGGCAAAUGGGUGUCAACUCUAAUCUGAGUGUAGAUACACUGGUCAAGCAGGAUGAGCUUUCGACAAUUCUUUCAACAAUACCGCUAGUUAGGUGUGACCAGGAUAUCGGACGAGCAGCAGAGUACCAUUUACACAAAGCUCUCAACAUCAUGCCGCAAGUCCGUUCAGUCACUAGGGAGCAUUCUGGCGAUCUAACUCCGAACGACGUAGCAAGAAGCAUUGGCUAUUUAGAGGGUUUGCUGCAUGCAUCUCUCAGACAGCGUAUGAUACUAAGCAGAGCUGCACAAUGCCUUGAGCAGAUCCGUAUUCCGCUUUCCACAAUUGCAGAGCUUAGUAAUCCGGAUCUUGGAAAUAUUGCUUGGGUGAACGAAGAACAUCUCGAAGCUGCCACAUUUACCCAAACUCAGCUUCGAUGGCUCUCUGCUAUGUUGACAACCGGUACAGAAAUUGUCAACGCGCAGGCAAAGCUUGGAAAGACCAAUGAAAUUGACCGUCUGAUCCACCAGAUGCGAGAGAAGGCUGUCAAGACCUCUGAGCUUGCAGACUUGCGUGACCAACUCCCAAAGUUACCGCCUAAUCUUCAAUCUGAAUCGCAUGAAGCUUUGACCAAGUCCAUCAAUAUUCACUUGGCGGAUCUUCGGAACGCUUUCCAGGAAUGGCAUGCUGGUAGUGACAUGAUAAGACCAAUCCUUCGGCAUAUCGAACCAUUUUUGUUCGACUAUCCUCGUACGGACCUUGCUCUACCUCGAGAGAACCCACACACCACACUCGAUGCUCAUGUAAAAGAAGUGUUCUCUUCUUUGGAUCUUGUUCUGGGAUCAAUGCAGGAUAUCGAAGUAGCGAUGCAGACCAUCCCCGCUUCAACAGACGAUGCUUCUUGGCUCGUCAAGGAAGAGCAAGCACUUUCUGGUGCUCUGAAUUCCUUACAUGCGCCACAGAUUAGCGAAAGCUUAACGUCAAUACUCGAUAAGAUUCAGCUACUCUACAAGGACGCCAAUCUGAAAUCUAUGGCAGCUUUGCUCUCUUCUCUCAAGCCAAUCCUUGAGCAGUAUAUGGCAUGUCACAAAUCUAUCUUGAAGCGCUUCGAUGCAUUGCAUGCAUCGACAGCAAAUCUGCUGCAUCGUUUGUCAAAGUCUUUCAUUCAGAUUGGAACGCAAGGCUUCUGUCAACCUUCGGAAAAGUCUGACGACAACCAGAAGGGCAAAGAUGACAAGCUCGAGUCGGGAACUGGUCUGGGUGAGGGCGAAGGUGCUGAAGAUAUUUCCAAAGACAUUGAAGAUGACGAAGAUUUGGAUGAUCUAGCACAAGAGCAGAAAGGCGAAAGAGAGGGCAGUAUCGAGGAACAAGAAGAUGCCGUUGACAUGGGAGACAAGGAAAUGGAAGGUGAGAGCGAGCAGGUGGAGGAAAAAGAAGAGAAGGGCGAUGAGUCUGGUGAAGAAGGGGACGACGAUGCGCAGAGCGAAGUUGGUAGUGUUGAUGAUCUUGGCCCUAGCGCUGUCGACGAGAAGAUGUGGGAUGAUGGCAGUAAAGAAGAGGACGCGAAAGACAAGGAGGGCAAAGAGGAUGUAGGUACAGAGGAUCAGAACGAGCAGGUUGCUUCUGAUCAGAAAGAAAAAGAAAAGAGCGGCGAGGACGGCGAAGACGGCGAAGAGGAGGAGAAGGACGAAAAGAAAGAUGGUCAAGAGGAUGAAGAGAUGGAAAUGGAAGGUGAAGACCAGGAAGAGAAUGUUGGAGCUGGUGAGACCGAGCAGAUGGACCCGAAUGCAAAAGAAGAAGAGACACUGGAUCUCCCUGAAGAUCUUAACAUGGAUGGGCAAGACAACCAAGACAAGAAAGACGACGACCUUGGCGAUAUGGAUAUGGAUGAUGAUCUCCCUGACGAUCAACCAGAUCUUGAGGCCGAGCCCGAUCUCCCUGAUACCAUGGAUGAAGAAGUUCUUGCUGAACAAGAGGGUGAAGAAGAAAAAGAGACAUCUGGUCACAUCGAAGAUGAAGAACAACCUGAAGGCGAACAAGAAGAGGAGAUUGACGAGCCAAUGGAUGAUGACGCCGCUCCACUGCCGGACGAUAAAAUUCCAGAAGACGAAAAGCGUGACAAAAAAGAUACCGACCAGGCUGAUUUGAAUGCUGAGGCCGGCGCUGGUAUCGAGGCAAAUGAAGAGGCACACAAGAACAAAAACGAACAAGCUUCUGCUAGCGCUGCGAAUCAAGAUGAAGGCCAAGAAGGAGAUUCUACCGAACAGCAACAAGCACCUACAACUGAAGAAGGCCAACUUGGAGAGACAACAGCCCCAGAAGCUGGUGGUCACGGCGAACAACCUGAAGAAACUCAUGAGAAGCAGUCUUUCAAGAAGCUGGGUGAUGUACUGGAAAAGUGGUACAAUCAGCAAAAGCGGAUCCAGGAUGCCAAGGAAAAGGACGAAACUCAGACACAGCAGAUUGACAAAGAGAUCGAUAUGGCUGAUGCGGACUUUGAGCAUCUUGGAGACGAGGAGCAACAAGCCGAUACUCAAGCUCUAGGCACCGCGAACGAGGAUCAGGCUAAGGCUUUGGACCAUGAUAUGGCAAUGCCAAUGAAUGAGGAAGAGGAAAAGAUGCCCAUUCGGCCUGAAGACAACGAUGAUGAGUUGACUGGAGCUAAUAAGGAUGUUGAUAUGGAGGAUGCCGAGCCGCAGGAUGAUCAGGGUCAGGAUCAGGAGGCACAACAAACACAGUCCAAUGCAAUGGAAGGUCAGCCGCAAGCUUUUGUCGGAGAGCAGCGCCCACUGCCUGAGCACGAUGAUGAGGAUAUGGCUGAUGAUAUCUCACUCGACGAUGACAUUGCAUCAACCACUUCUUCUGCCGACAACAUCGAGACUCAGCUAUCUCUAACACAUCUUGACCCGUCUUCCAUGGACCCAACAUCUGCUCGCGCCCUCUGGCUCGCUCAUGAGGCGUCAACGCACUCGCUCUCUCAACAGCUUACCGAACAUCUCCGUCUCAUUCUUGCACCCACCCUUGCUACCAAGCUUCGCGGUGACUUCAGAACUGGAAAGCGCCUCAACCUCAAGCGCAUCAUUCCUUACAUCGCAUCAGGCUACAAACGAGACAAGAUCUGGCUUCGACGCAGCAUGCCAAGCAAGAGAAGUUACCAAGUCAUGAUUGCGCUUGACAACAGUGGCAGUAUGGCUGAUAGCGGAGCUAGCAAUCUUGCGCUCAAAACCCUCACGCUUGUCACUCGCUCUCUUUCAAUGUUGGAAGUUGGCGAAGUCAGCGUUAUUGGCUUCGGUGAUGAAGUUAAUGUCGCCCAUGAUUUCGAUAAGCCCUUUACGUCCGAAGCUGGAGUACGAGUUUUCGAGCAGUUCGGCUUUGAUGCGAAGAAGACAAAUGUAAGAGGCUUAGUCGACAAGAGUCUGGAGUUGUUUAAAGACGCCAGACAGAAGGGCAGUAGCUCUGCGGGCGAAGACCUCUGGCAAUUGAUGCUCAUCGUCAGUGAUGGUAUUUGUGACAAUCACGCCGAGAUUCAACGUCUUAUCCGCAAAGCCCAAGAAGAGCGCGUUAUGAUUGUCUUCAUUGUCAUCGAUAGCUCGGCUACAGCUCCUUCUGUAUCUGCACCAAAGCUGUCUGAUGAACCCGCAGCGCAGCCGCCAGCGCCAGUCAAGGAGCAACCGAAGACAUCUAUCCUAGAUCUGGAAUCAGUCAUUUUCACGCCUGAAGGCAAGAUCGUGAGGCACAAGUAUAUGGAACAGUUUCCAUUCAGGUAUUACCUGGUCGUGAGGGAUGUGAGGGAACUGCCGGGUGUACUUGCUGGGGCUUUGAGGCAGUGGUUUGGAGAGGUUGCAGGAAGUGCCUGAGUGCCAUGACAUCUAUCGCAAUACCUUGAAUCUGAGGGUUGCGUUAAAUCAAAGCACUUUCUGGAGAAGCAGUGGUAAUUAUUUAGGAGUAUGGAGAAUCAUAUGGGUGUGGGGUAACAUGAUUUUCACUUUCAGGCGUUAUACAACAAUUGUCUUACUGUCAACAUUUUCCUUGCGAGGCGUAGUACUAGAACAUGCAUUCAGCAUGAUAUUGAAAUCACUUCAGCUUACAAAAUUGGGGGCCAUGCAUGACCUGAUGCAUAGUUGACCCGAGCACUUUUCUGCUGUUAUCAGGCUGAUUCGCUCUUAUCCCACCCAGUCGUGUAACCAUCGGUCUAUGUAUAUCGACGGGUGUUUGUGCCUGCAACAAUCAAUCAAGCU